GUCACUGUAUCGAGGUUGGCGACGCCGUGACAGAUUUUCUGGAAGAUCUGUUUAGGCGGUAUGGCGACAACAGUUCUGAAGUAAUGACACAACAAGGUCUAGAGAGGCUGCUGAAAAAAUUACGCCUAGCAUCAGAAGAUAUUGCGUACGGUCACAAGCACAAACAUACGCACGGCGAAGAGCAUGACCACAGUGACCACGACCAUGAUUACGACCACGACCAUGAAAACCAUGAUCGCGACUACGAUCACGAGGACGGGCAUGACCACAGCCAUGAACACGACCAUGGCCAUGACCGUCAUCACAAUCAUGACCAUGACCACGAUCAUGACCAUAAUCACUGACCACGAGCAUAAGCACGAACAUGAGCGUGACCAUGAUCAUGAUCAUGCUGACGGUCACGAGCACGACGAACACAAGCAUCACGGACACGCCGGUAAUCACAAAGAUCAGGAGAAGCACCACAGGAAUAAUACCACGGCGGAACAAACAUCAACGCCACCAGUGUCUAGCACUCCGACGGAUAGCCAUACGCAUAGUACUACUGAGUACAGUGAGGCCAGCUAUGAACGGCCCGAAAAGAAACUUCACCACCACCUUCAAGACGGCCAUGAUGACCACGAACAUGACGAUGAAGCGAGUACUCGCAACCGGCGUGGCACAGUGCUGUCAACUCGAAGCCAACCCGCCGUGCAUCCUGGUUCAAACGUCGCGGGGAGGCGACGACGUGGUGUCCCCCCAGUACCGGACCAUGACAUCCACAAUCACAACAGCUCUGCUUCCAAAUGUUGGACUCCGCGAGAACUGAUUCGGCAGUUUGGGUUCUCUGAAAAUGGCACCAUUAGCAGACACGAAUUCUUCCAUCUGUGUCCGGCGCUUAUCCAGCAGGCUGUCAGUGAUGUCUGCCUCCAAACUACCCGCGAAGAGCAGAAACCUACUACAGCUGAGUUGUACGGCUACGGGACGCUGUCGGUGUUCAUUAUCAGCCUGUGCUCGCUGAUGGGGGUGCUGCUUCUACCAUGCCUGGCUCGCCACGCCUACUACUACAUCAUGAUGGGUUUCAUUGGCCUCUCUUUCGGCACCAUGACUGGAGACGCGUUCCUACAUCUAAUACCACAGGUACUUGGCCUGCACAGCCAUGACGCCGAUCAAGGAGCGGGAGGUCACUCACACGCACAUAGCCACGACCACGACAGCCUGGUUCCAGAGUACAUGUGGAAACAGCUAGGCCUCAUCGGGGCCUUAUACGGCCUGUUCAUCUUUGAGGCCCUCAGCACCAUAUUUGGUGGCGAGCAGAGUGAUGGUCAUGGGCAUAGUCACCUCCCCAAGAACAUUCCUGAGGAUCUUCACAUGACCAAAGUAUCACAAAAGACGGAGUCCAGCGUUGAACUGGCGCACUGCUCGAGCACACCAUCGUUAGCACUUGAAGAGAAUCCACAAGUUCCGGUGCUCAAGUCUCGAGCUCUUUGUUGUGGUAUGUCGACGCUGGCCACGAUGGUGAUCAUUGGCGGCGCCAUCCACAACGUUGCUGAUGGCUUGGCUAUUGGCGCUGCUUUUUCUUCGGGCCUAAAGAGCGGCCUCUCCACAUCUCUCGCCGUAUUCUGCCACGAACUUCCACACGAGUUUGGCGACUUCGUGGUGCUCAUCUCGACCGGGCUGGGCUACCGCCGCGCACUGCUUCUCAACUUCUUGUCCGCAAUGGCUGCAUUCGCUGGUCUUUACGCGGGAUUCUUGUUGGGUGAAGAGGCGGCUGCGCGAGACUGGAUUCUCACUGUCACCGCGGGCAUCUUCCUCUACGUAGCACUCGUAGACAUGCUGCCCGAGCUGAAGCAGCACAAAGGGAAGAGUCCUUUCAAGAUGUUCAUAGUCAAGAACAUUGGAGUGCUGGCGGGCGUCGGAAUUAUGUGUGUGAUUGCCAUAUACGAAGACCAGCUGAACAUUUAAUCAUGCAAAGUGCACUCCUCGAUGCGACGGCUAAGAGUACUUCACGGACGUGCCCACUUGAAGAAGCUUGUGUUUGUGGCAGAACAAAUGUGAACUUCUCAGUGUUCUGACUCUUUGCAGCGAACGUCUUGGUGAAGUGUGUCGUAGCUGCUCACGGUACCAUUUUUCACUGACUGUCCUAGCACGGCUUCAUUCUAUGACUCGCUUACCGAACUCUUGUAGUGUUGUUGCCAGUGUAAUCAGCCGUGUUAGCAACCAUUUUUCACCUUGUUGCUCAACAUCAUAGCCAGUAUGACUCACAUUCACUGACAUAUAUUAACGUUCAAUUCUCUAUAUGGCUUUUGUCUAAAUAGACAACUUACAACAGUGCAAUACCGUUACGCAACCUUUCCUUCAUCUGCAUACUUAACUGAAUUAGCCUCUUGAUUAUUUGUUACUUUUUUGUCUAGCCAAAAACGAGAAAUAAAUAUCCGAAAAUAAUGUACCCUGCAGCUAGAAACAGUCUGAUGCUAUAGGUUGUGAUUGAUAGGGUUAUCACUUUAAUUCCUAAUACAGAGGGCAGGUGCCAAAAAGAAAAAAAAAAAGCUGAGAAGUUCAAAAAUUAAGUUCGUGUGACAACGACCGUUCACUCUUAUUGCGAAGCGAGGGAGAGUUGUUCAGCCACGUUUGUUCCUGCAUGCCACAAGUAUUCGACAAGCAGACAAUAGCGUUGAUAGCAGGGCAACUCAGAGGUUUACGAGUAAGUGCUGCAAAGCCAAGUAGGUGUGAUAAUACAAACUAUAUUGCUGGUUGCUUUAUUACAGUACAAAGACGGUACACCUUCCGUACGUAACCUACGUCUUUGACGUAGCAGGAACAAAAGCUAAAUAACCGUUUCGCUUUCAUUAUACCAGGUAUAUUCGUGUGAUGGGUGCUACUGUAAAGUAGCAGAAUAAUUUCACUUUCGGCACGAAGAUGUCGUUUACGAUGCGCUAUAGGUGUUCUAAAGAAAAUAACAGUGUUGACAAGCGCUCAAAUGUUACAGCUUGUGUCGUUGUUUUGCCCAUUUCGCCUAAAAGUCAGGAGAGAGUAUUAGUAUCGCCACGCGGCUUUACGUGAAUAGUGCUGAGCACAGAUGGCGCUUGGGUGCUUUUCAUAGCGCGCUGCAGUAGUGCUCAGAAAUACGAAUUGGUUAUAAGGCACCCGCUAUAGUAACUUAGACAGAUUUGUUUUUACAAAUAUGUUAUAGUGCUGAACACUGUCAGCGCUUGGUUACUAUCCCGAACACGCUGCAGUAGUGCUCAGGCAGACAAACUUGUUGUAAGGCACGGGAAAGGGUACCCCAAAGGAUAUUUGCUCUUGCAAAUUCGUUUUACACAUCACUAGUGCCUUGGAGGUCGUUGAAAGUAAGAACACUGCAGCUCACGGCGUCCUCACUAUGACGUCUAUGCCCUAUUUUUGUAUGCUUUCUUAACAUCGUUGCUACUUCUCGCGAAAUAAUUUUGUUUUUCCAGGGAAAUCACUAAAAUCUUCCUUUCUGAAAGGCCACGUACCAGUCGCCCGAAAUAUGGCCAUCCGUUGAUAAAUGCAUAGUAAGGAGCGAAGCGAAAUCUACUAGUCAGCUCUUAAUAUAAAGAGCACCCUGCAGCUACUUACACGUGAAUAGUGCAGGUCCGUACUUGACGGUGGCCAAAAGCAGCCUGUUACUAAGAAACAUGGGGUCCUGAAGUUGUUGCUGAGAUUUUUUUCACUGAAAUUUGUGUAAAACUUGCUUUUCUAAAGCAAGUUACAAUUUUAUUUCUUAGUUACUUCUUUAACUUGUUCUCUUCCGAUUGCUUAAGCUUCUCAAGAUGUUUGUUGGGUAAGACUGGUUUUAUUGCUUGAAAACGUAUUGGCUUGCGAGAUGAAUAAUGGAGGGCGCGAUACCGUGACACAUUACCCUUCAGUGUAGUUCUCAUUUUGCGGCAACAGUUUUACAGCUCACUUCGGAGGUUGCACUAAACCUGCACUGCAUGAAUUUCCCUUCACAUGGUGACGAAUGACUAAAGAUCACAAAGCUAAUUUCAAUCUUCUCUUAAAAUAAUUAAUAACGUGCUUAAUCUUUCUUGGUUAUUCACGUUUAUCGCGUAAUCCGUUACCACAUCUGCUGUAGCUUUUUAAACAUCGCGUAUGACUGCUUUUGGUGCUUGUCAAUGUAACGUCGAGGCAAAUAUGUUGCAAGUAGCUUGCUCAAUGGUUUCAGUCUGUUAAAUGUACAUUUAUUACCUGUUUAGACACUUAUAACGAUGCACAAUUAAAGCAAAACAAUGUUGUGCAUGAGCCAACAAGUUCCGCAAAUAAGGUGUUCUUUUGGUAUUCUUGUAGGUAUUUUAAUCAUCCCCAGAGCAACAGGCAAACGUUCCAGGCCAGCAAGAUAUGAUUUGAGUGAGUCAAAGUACUAACUGUGUAAAUAUCGCGAAUGUUUGUACUUAGGCUUUUUACUCAUCGUUUUGCGAAUGAAUCCAGCAUUGUACUUAAGCACGUUGUGAACCACGUAUUUUUGUUCUAUACUUGCAAAUUAUGGUUAUGAAAUAUGUGAUAUAUCUGUUCGUUUUAGUAUUCAUUUUGUCGUUUGCAUGGGACCACAAAGAUCACAAAUGUGAAUAAAUUUUUGUUUGAUAGAACGU